GCCGACAAAUCCCACCUUUUUGAACGAGAAGCUGCCAGUUCGCAUGCGCCGCUCGCCUUACUCUAGAGAGGAAAGCAGCAAGAAGCUCCUGAUGCCACUAGAGCAAUCGAACGCGGCAAGAUAAUGCGGUACUUACGCUUUUGCCUAUUCCUCUUGCAUCUGAAUGGCGUCAAGUGGGUGGACGGUCACAGUAUUGCAGGAUUGGUGCCCGAGCGGUUUCCCGACAGGAUGGUGACGGUCAACAGCGGUGAGAGGCGCAACUUCACGUGCGGUAGCGCAAUAAUGGAGCCUCUACCACUCGUGGCGUGGUACAAGGAGUCGACUGACGGACGCAUCUUGCUCAGACUGACGGAAUGGACGGUACAGAACAGCACGUUUGCGCUGGAAAAUAUUACUGUGGACGACGCGAGAGAGUAUGUGUGUCACAUGGACACCAGUGCGGUCUUCCGUUCACUUCGCGGCUACUCUUUCCGACUGGUGGUAAAGGAAUCCGGAGUGCGGAAAGCGAAUUCGAGCGAUGUCUCCCAAGGUGACAACAGGUCAUUAGUCGGAGGAGGUGAGACAGUCGAUAUCUCCACUACAAGUACUGAGGACAAAAACACGAAUGAAGAGAAAGAAAAGGUAGAAAACAUAACGGUGGAGAGACUAGCCGAAAACAAUCAAUCGAGUAAUGAGUAUGACUCGGCAACCGUCGCUCUGCUCUACCUAGUUGCUGUCGUCCAAGUGCUCGGCCUGCUUGUUCUAGUCCUAAUGGCUUAUUCCUACUACAAGCAGAGACAGCUAGCACUCAUUCAGCACUACCGUAAAUUUUUUCAAUCCGACGCUUCGGACGUCGAAGGAGGAGCACAGACACAAGCAACGACGGCCGUCAGCACGCCAGCACCGCAGCGACCCCCGGAAGACGCGUUCCAGAUGCGAAGCAAGAGUAUGAGAACCCCGAAGAAGCCGACAGACGACCUCGAGUUGAAACUACGCAGUCUAACACAGAAGAAGAACUCAACCGACAACGGAAAGAUGGACGGCAAGAAAAGCAUCCAGAAACGCGCAAAACCGAAAGCGACCGUCGAAAAACGACCGAGCAACGAAGACGAACCGGAUCUCUCACCGAGUAUCGUCCCGCUCGAGCGCUCCACCUCGACUAAAACAGUAAAAUUCGGCAAACACACACAACUAGACCGCCUUCUCAGUGAAGACAGCGGCGACGUCAAAUGGGACACAUACAACUCACUAAUGGAAGAAAGCUUCACCAACCCGGUAUUCGAGCAAGAGCAGAAAAAGGCGAAACGACGCACCAAGGUCAAAACCAAACAGCCGAAACUGUCCGAAAUCGAUCCCUACGUACGAGACGACGACGAAUAUUGGAAAGAAAUCGCCAUACGUUCGAGCACACCGAAGAAAGUCGUGAAACGCUCAAAAUCGGCCGUCGAAAAACCGUCAAGUCCGAGAAGGCAAAUCGCUCCGGCUAUCGUCACGGAAGACGCACGGAGCGAGUAUCACAGCGUUAAGCAUCCGUCGACGCUGGUUUGGCCGCACGCAAUCGAGCCGCAGUCGCUCGAAAACAAACCCAAACCUGCACUCCUAAUGGUGCAUCCGGGACUAAAAGAAGACGAGGCGGCAUUCACACCCAAUCUAGUUCGCCGACUGAAAACUCUUUACGACCAAGGAUUCUCCAUUCAAAUCACGUGAUCGAGAGAUAUAUCCUUGAAGUGUAGAUACGAAAAAUUGGAGACUACAACGGGUUCUGUUAUGGACCAACACCCUGCACCCCACCCCGUCUAAUGGAUUGCAAACAAAUUGAUAUGUAUUUAUCCUUUUUUGACGUUGACUGCUACUUCUUUAUGGUUCAAUGGCUAUCAAGACUCUAUUUGUAAUUUUCAAAGUGACUUCAUAGUGAUUUUAAGUUAUUGUCGGUGUGUGGUGAUUACUAAUAUAUUUAUGUAUCACAC